AUGAAUAAUAAUGAUAUAGAAUUCAAGAAUGAAUUGGAAGACUUUGAAGCUUUCCUCGAAUCUGAUUUCGAGCCACUCCAAUUUGCUAAUGAAUUAUUACUAGCUACCAAUGGUAACGAUAAUCCAGAAUUAGAUCUAGCCACGCCAAUCAAGAAAUUAAGAUUCGAUAUUGAUGAAUGUGAUAAACGAAUGAGUUCAAUUGCUUCAUCCAAUUAUGAAUCAUUAGUGGCGAACUUUUCAAAAAUCGAAGGAUUACAACUGAUUUUAACUGAUAGGAUGAAUCCAGCUGUAGAACAAGUGAAUGCUCCCUUUAAAAGAAUUAAACAAGAGAUAAUUGAACCAUAUGAAGAAGCAGUUAAAUUAAACAAUGCACUCAAGAGAAUUCAUUUAACUUUAGAUCUUUUACGAAGUGCCAGUUUUUUCAUAUUUUUAAUUCAACAAUUGGAGGAAUUACAAAAACCAGGUGCUAGAAAUGCAGCAGAAGAAUCGGGAAAUAAAGAUCUUGUUAGGUUGGCCAAAUUACAUGUACAAAUCAAACAAUUAUAUGAGAAUGCCGUAUUGGAAAAGAGUAAAGAUGUUAAUAUAUUAUCUAUCAAAUUGAUUCGAGAUUAUCAACCAACUGAGACUACCAGGCGAGCAGCAUUAAUCUCGGAAUGUAGUCAAAUAUUGAACAAAGAAUUUAAUCAUCAAAGUGGAAUUAACGAAAAGAAUCAACAAUUACAAACUAAUUUAAUGGCAUUGUAUAUUUUAAACAAAAAAGAAUUCUUUAAUGUUUUUGAUAAGGCAACUAUCGUCAGACAAGUCAAUACUGCUGGUGGACAACUUUCAAGGGCUUUGCAAUCACCCAGAAAUUUUACUGCCAUAAUGUCUGAAGUCAAGGAAGGAGCCAAGGAAUAUUUUGAUAAAUUAGAAGAACUUUUAUCAGUGUGGCAUGUAUUUAAAGAAAAUGAAGAUGAAAGGAUAUCAUUUCUAAAGGAGAUUUUGUUAUAUUAUAAAGAGAAUUCUUUAUCAGAUAUCUUUUGGAGUAAGCUAGCACUUAAAUUCAAAAAGAAUAUUGCUGCUACUAUGGCCAGAGGUGGACCAAUUGCCAAAAACUUAAGAAUCUAUUUUGAAGGAUUGAACAAUUCUAUUCUGGAAACAUUCACUUCUGAAUAUGAACGAGAAUUGAUGUUGGAUGCAUUAUCUCUAAUUGGUAAUAAGUAG